GCGGGCGGGGGGCGGGGCUUCCCCCGGAGGCGGCCCCCCCCACGGCGGAAACCAAACUUUUCUCCUGCUCCGGAGCCCGCGGCCGCAGCCUCCACCCCGCGCCGGGGUCCCCGCGCCGCCCCGGCCCCCCGAGACCCCCCAGGCCCCCCGAGAACUCCGGGCGCCCCCAAGGUCCCUAAGACCCCCUCGGCCCCCCCUCGUCCCCGAGAGGGCGCCCGGCCCGCAGUCCCGGCCCGGAGAACAGGCCCAGCCCGGGGCGCCCCGCACCCCGGGACCCCGCUCCCCGGGCCCGCCAUGUCCUCCAUCCUGCCAUUCACACCGCCGAUCGUGAAGCGCCUGCUGGGCUGGAAGAAGGGAGAGCAGAACGGACAGGAGGAGAAGUGGAGCGAGAAGGCCGUCAAGAGCCUGGUCAAGAAGCUCAAGAAGACGGGGCAGCUGGACGAGCUGGAGAAGGCGGUGACCACGCAGAGCGCCGCCACCAAGUGCAUCACCAUCCCCAGGUCCCUGGACGGCCGUCUGCAGGUGUCCCACCGCAAGGGGCUGCCCCACGUCAUCUACUGCCGUCUCUGGCGAUGGCCCGACCUGCACAGCCACCACGAGCUGCGGGCCGUGGAGCUCUGCGACUUCGCCUUCAGCAUGAAGAAAGACGAGGUGUGCGUGAACCCCUACCACUACCAGCGGGUGGAGACGCCAGUGCUGCCCCCCGUGCUGGUCCCGCGACACACGGAGAUCCCGGCCGAGUUCCCGCCGCUGGACGACUACAGCCACUCCAUCCCCGAGAACACCAACUUCCCAGCCGGCAUUGAGCCCCGGAGCAACAUUCCAGAAACGCCACCCCCCGGCUACCUGAGUGAAGAUGGGGAGACAAGUGACCACCAGCUGAACCACAGCAUGGACGCAGGCUCGCCGAACCUCUCCCCGAACCCCAUGUCCCCAGCACACAACAACCUGGACCUGCAGCCCGUCACCUACUGCGAGCCGGCCUUCUGGUGCUCCAUCUCCUACUACGAGCUCAACCAGCGGGUGGGCGAGACCUUCCAUGCCUCCCAGCCCUCGCUGACCGUGGACGGCUUCACCGACCCCUCCAACUCUGAGCGCUUCUGCCUCGGGCUACUCUCCAACGUGAACCGCAACGCCGCCGUGGAGCUGACGCGCAGGCACAUCGGACGCGGGGUUCGCCUGUACUACAUCGGGGGCGAGGUGUUCGCCGAGUGCCUGAGCGACAGCGCCAUCUUCGUCCAGUCCCCCAACUGCAACCAGCGCUAUGGCUGGCACCCCGCCACCGUGUGCAAGAUCCCCCCAGGCUGCAACCUCAAGAUCUUCAACAACCAGGAGUUUGCGGCGCUGCUGGCGCAGUCUGUGAACCAGGGCUUCGAGGCCGUGUACCAGCUGACGCGCAUGUGCACCAUCCGCAUGAGCUUCGUCAAGGGCUGGGGCGCCGAGUACAGGAGACAGACGGUGACCAGCACUCCCUGCUGGAUUGAGCUGCACCUGAACGGGCCCCUGCAGUGGCUGGACAAGGUGCUCACACAGAUGGGCUCUCCCAGCAUCCGCUGCUCCAGCGUGUCCUAGAGCCCGGGGACGGGACCACGUGUGGGGCUGCUGACUCCCUCCCGGCAGGGACCUCAGCCUCCCCGCCAGUCACACGGCCUUGAGGACGGGGUGCGGAGGGGGCACCCCAGGUCUCUUCAGGACGGUUGGGACGUCACAGCCCUGGGGACAAACUCCUCUGCACCUGAGCAUCCCCUCAGGAUCCCCGCCCUCUGCAGACAGCACCUCCUCCUCUACGGGGGGGCUCAGGUCCGAGGGAGGCCACCUGGGGGACCUCCAGCCCUUAGGAACUGGGCCGCCGCUAACCGCUUCCUACACCUGGGGCUGAGCUCUGCGCCCGUCGGAGUGACCGCUGUCCUCCCCUGGCUUGGCGGGGGUGGGGGGUAGGGAGACUGCCCCGCGGACGUCCAAAGGCUGGAGUGGACAGGACCGUCUCGGGCCAGCUGGCAGGAGCCACUCAAGCGUUCUGGUGCCUGGUGCUGGGCCACCCUGCCACCCUCCGAGACCCAAGGUCACCCCGUGCCCAGGAGAGGCUGUGGGUGCCCAGGACGGCUCAGGGGCGCCUGGGAGCCGGACGCUACGAAUCCCUUCAACUGGAAAAGACAGCAGCCCGUUUCUUCUUGCCUGGGAACCCUGACUUGUGCCAGGAAGGGGAGGUUCCCACAGGCCCCCCCCCAAAAUUCCAGGCAGAGGGCAGAGUUUGGGGGGAUUUGAGACCUGGAGGGCCUGUGGACUGGGCAAGGGUAAGGCCAGGCCAGAGUGUCUGGUGCUGCUGUGCCCAAGGUCGAACCGCUCCAAGGAGCGCCCAGGGCCGGGGUCUUGGGGCCUGGCUGUGCCCAGCCUCCUGGAGAUCUGGAGCCCUUGCUGCUGGCCGCCUUGGAGCCCAUUUCUGCAAGCUCCUGGCCUGGUGGCCCUUCACGGCUGGGGCCAGGGGUGGGGACACCGGGGCCUGGCCUCAGCCUCUCCUCCUUGGCCACCAGGGGAAGGGGUCAGGCUCCAGGGCUGGCGGCUCUGACAGGAGACGUGGGGUGGCUGUGUGGGCCCGUCUCCCUUGUCAGCGCCUGAGGACUCAGCGUGGACGCACCCCCACACCCGGCCCGAGCCCUGGGUCUCGAAGCUGGGGGUCUCAGUGGCCUGUCCUGCUGGGGGGGUGUUGCUGAGGGCAGGAGCCAUACUCUUUGCAGUCCCUCCCACCCCCUGGGGGCUGCUCUGGACUGGGGGUGGUGGGGGGCCUUGCAUCCGCUCCCCACUGGACCUUUGUAAAAAGCAAGUCUGUAUUUAUAGUUUUAGUUUUUUCUAACUUUUUGUAUCUUGAGGUCCCGGUUAGCAUAGUCUGUCAAGGUGGGGUCCCCGCCCAUCCAAUAAACUUCUUAGCGGA